CACAGUUGAAUUCUUGAAGAAAAAAAAAACUCUUCUUUGCAAGGCCUUAUUUUCAAGAUUGGAUUUUGUGUUUAUUUUCCAAGAGAAUCCAUGUUGAAAACAUAUAGCUUCAAGGAGGAACAUCUGAGAGAUAUUAACAAGCAGGGUGGAUUUCUCAGGCAUGGGAGGGCGCGACUGAAAUCCCAUGUUCCACUGAACAACUUGGUUGUUCAGAAAGAUGAGAAUGAUGAAGAUAUUGUGAAAGGGAAGUAUGAUGGGUUCUAUUCCUUAAAGCCAAACAAGCCUCCAGUUUCUUGUCCUGCGCCAUUAGUGUACUCCUCUCCCAGGCAUGUUCUUGAUGCUGCUGCAACUAAGGUCCAGAAAGUGUACAAGAGUUACAGGACCAGGAGGAACCUGGCAGAUUGUGCUGUAGUUGUUGAAGAGCUCUGGUGGAAAGCUUUGGAUUUUGCAGCUCUAAACCUUAGCUCUGUUUCAUUUUUCAAGAAUGAUGACAAGCAUGAAACUGCUGCAUCAAGGUGGGCUCGCGCCAGGACGAGGGCUGCAAAGGUGGGAAAGGGUCUGUCACAGGAUGAGAAAGCUCAAAAGCUAGCUCUACAGCACUGGCUUGAAGCUAUAGACCCGCGUCAUCGUUAUGGGCACAACUUGCACUUCUAUUAUGAUGUAUGGACUGAUAGCAAAAGCACUCAACCCUUCUUCUAUUGGUUGGAUGUGGGUGAUGGGAAAGAACUAAACCUCAAGAAGUGCCCAAGACUCGAUCUGCAACGCCAAUGCAUCAAAUACUUGGGACCGAAAGAGAGGGAAGCGUACAGAGUGAUCGUCGAGGGCGGGAAGUUAGUUUACAAGGAGAGUGGCUCUCUUCUGACCACAGAAGAAGGGUCAAAAUGGAUAUUUGUGCUCAGCACUGCAAGGGCUCUUUAUGUGGGGAAGAAGAAGAAGGGAGUUUUUCAGCACUCCAGCUUUCUCUCUGGUGCUGCCACUUCUGCUGCUGGUAGACUUGUUGCUCAUGCUGGGAUUCUUCAGGCAAUUUGGCCAUACAGCGGGCAUUAUUUGCCGACAGAAGACAACUUCAAGGAAUUCAUCGCAUUUCUUGAGGAGCACAAAGUUGAUUUGACCAAUGUCAAGAGGUGCUCUAUAGAUGAUGAUGAUAGGCUAUCAUCUGUCAUCGACGCCGCCUUAACGGCGUCGACCGUAGACACGGACGCAACAGUGAUUUCCAAUCCAUCCCGAGAAGAUGAAGAGGCAGUCAACAAGAAUCAAAAGCCCGUUGACCGCCAAAAGCCGCCGCCCGUGUUUGACUUGGCCAAACGGUUGUCGUGCAAGUGGGCGAGUGGCGUGGGCCCCCGUAUUGGGUGUGUCAGGGAUUACCCGGCAGAUCUCCAGUACCAGGCACUUGAGAAGGUGAACCUGUCGCCGAGGGUCAACAAUGGGGCCCAGUCGUCCGUUGUGGACAACUGGCCCAUUCCUUCCCCUCGGCCCAGUCCCAAGUUCCUGGUUUCGCCCCGGCUCGCGUACAUGGGCCUUCCAAGCCCGAGAGUUUCGGCCCAAACUCGGAUGUCGUAAGGAUAGUAGCAAAUUUUGAAGGAGGUGCUGCUGCUGAUGGUGUUCAUUGUAGGAUUUCAGUCAUGUUGUUUUGUUCUUUGAUUCAUUUUGUGCUUAACUUUUUACAAAAAAAAUAAGGCCAUUUUUUUGUCCCUUUUGUAUUUUCAAAAUUUAAAAAAAAUGGAAUCUCUGUAUUGCAUUGAGAUUUUGUUUGUAAUCAAUAUUGGCAAGCAGCUCCAAUAAUAUAAAUUGGGUUAUAGU